AUUAGAAGCCCUAGCAGUUGAAUGAAGAAAGGGAGGGAAUUGUUACUUAGCAGUUGCAGAACCCUUAAGCAAACACCUAACCUUGCCAUAGCCACCACUGAUUUUCAGGAAACAAUGCAACAUUCUGAUUCUGAUUCUGAUUCUUCAAAUCGAUAUUCCUACAAUCCCUCGCUGCGAUGGAAUCCUCAACUACACCAAUACUUCCUCAAAGCUUUUGGCGCUAAUCGCUUCUCUUGCAUCUCCACCGCUUUAACGCGCCCUUCUCGCUACUCGUGUAUUCGGGUGAACACGCUCAGGUCUAAUAGUGAUGCUGUUAUUGAGAAGCUACGCGCACUCGUGAAGGAAUCAUCGAAUUCGAGUGCCCAAUCCGAAGAUGAUGAGGCUAAUCCUUUGAAGGAGUGUUUAGAUGCUGAUAAUGGUCCUUUUUCAAAGUGUCAGAUUCCUGGCUUGGAUUAUGUGGUGUUUGUUUGGGGUUCGGGACCUCACCACAUUGAUUACGGUAAUGCACCUCCCAAGGAGGUCAUUGUUAGUAGGAAAUGUGCUGAGGCAGUUCUUCGUGGGGCUCAGGUAUAUGUUCCGGGAGUAAUGGCUUGCAGUGCUCAUGUUGAGAAAGGAGAUACAGUGGCUGUCUCGGUCGCUGUAGAGAAGCAGGGUGCUGAUGGGGGUUGGGGUAUUGGUAUGACACGUGGUACUGUUCUCCAAGGAUCACAGACAGAUCCAUAUUAUUUUGAACGAAAUGGGCUUUGUAUUGGCCAAGGAACAGCAAUGAUGUCAAGGGCUGGAAUGUUCCGAGUAUCUGAAGGAGUUGGUGUGGAUAUGAAGGAUAGAGUCUAUGAACUUCAUUCUUUUCAUAAUGUGCUUGAGGGAGAAAUAUUUCUUCAAAACCUUCCAAGCAUCGUUGCUGCUCAUGCUUUAGAUCCACAAAUGGGUGAGCGGAUACUAGACAUGUGUGCUGCACCUGGAGGGAAAACAACUGCAAUUGCAAUACUUAUGAAAGAUAAAGGAGAGAUCAUUGCUACUGAUAGAUCUCAUAACAAGGUGUUGGAUAUUCAGAAAUUGGCAGCUGAAAUGGGCUUGAGUUGCAUAAAGACAUUUAAAUUGGAUGCUCUUAAAUCUGUUCGUCACAGAAAUGAGAUGGAUACUUCUACUGAUCUUUGCUGUAUUAAUGGCAACAAUGGUGUGACAGAUCAAGUGUUUGGUUCACCAAAUUUGCAAGUAGAAAGAAUGUCAUCCAUUAUUGCAGAAAGGUUAAAAACUGAGACUCUGGAGGAAAAUGGAAAAGGUGAAAAGGCUCAUGAAAGAGCUUAUGUAAGCAAAGCUGACAUCCGGAAGAACAUGCGAAGAAUGCGAAACGGUCCUGGAAGAAAUCAGUGCGUGGGUGGGAGGGUUGAUAGUACAAAAGGCUUUUCUCCUGACAGUUUUGAUAGAGUUCUUCUUGAUGCUCCCUGUUCUGCCCUUGGUUUAAGGCCUCGAUUAUUUGCUGGAGUGGAAACAAUUGAAUCAUUAAGAAACCAUGCAAAAUACCAGAGAAGGAUGUUUGACCAGGCUGCUCAAUUAGCUCGACCAGGUGGAGUAAUUGUCUACUCCACUUGUACGAUUAAUCCUGGUGAGAAUGAAGCAUUAGUUCGAUAUGCUUUGGAUAAAUACAAAUACCUGUCAUUGGCGCCUCAGCACCCAAGAAUUGGAGGACCUGGUCUGGUUGGUAGCUGUGAAUUUCCUGAUGGAUAUGUAGAGGAGUGGUUACGACCUGGGGAGGAAGACCUUGUUCAGAGGUUUGAUCCAUCAUCUCCCCUUGAUACAAUUGGAUUUUUCAUUGCUAAAUUUGUUGUCGGGUCCAAAGAUAUCUGACAGCUAUUCGUGAGAUGGUUAGUCUGGAUCUAUAUUUGCUUCAGAAUUGCCGCUGAAAGAAGCCAUUUAAGUUUUUUUUUCAAGAUUGGCUUCUGGCAACAGUCUGGAGAGGUCCCAUGCGACCCCAUUCGAUAAAACAUAUAUUUAUGAAAUCAGAAAGCAUGAAUAUGACUGCUUUAUUUCCAUGUUACAAUCUGAAUGGACGGCGAAUUUUCUUACAUUUGAGUUAAUUCGACUCAGCUUCGGUUUUUUACUUUACGGAAGAAAGGAAAAAUGUUGAAGAUACUUUUGGUCAGACGCGAGUCUGCCUCCAAAAUAUUGUUAUUUUGGUGAUGUCACUAAUUAAUUAUAGCCUUCAUUUUUACGUCUGUACUCAUGUAUGGCUUUACCCUUUCAUUUUGUGAACACUCCAAUCAAACUCCAUGCUAGUUAUAGAACACGAUUGGGUAAUGGAAUAGAAGCAAUAGUUUGAAACUGAUCUGGUCAGUGGCCUGGAAAAAAGACUACCGAGGCUUUUUGUUUUAUUAGUUCAAUUGUAUUUGUUGAUGUGACGCGGCUUGGCUUGGAAUUGGGAGU